CAACGCUACAAUCAACAAUUACCGAGCGUCGGAAGCAAAACUAAAUCGAAAUAAUGGAGGAUUUAUACAUUACACAUGCAAUUCCCAAUGGCAAUACAAUGGCAACGUCUACAUAUGUAUGCGGUCUUUGUUUUGAAGAACAUGUGGUUGGAUUCUGUAACAACUGUAGUCUUCGACUUUGCCAUAAAUGCUUAUCUAAUCAUACGAAAGUCGUAAUGUUUAAUGAUCAUCAGGUGGUACCUUUUAAACCAACGACAAUAACUGGGCAUGUUGAAAUGAGCAUCCAUGAAGUAAAAUGUCGAGUGCAUAAAACUGACAGUAAGUCCCUAUAUUGCGGAAAACAUGAUGUCACCAUAUGUGGUCGCUGUGUACUAAGCGCACACAUGGCUUGCAAAGAUGAAAUCGUUGAUCUGUAUAAUACAAAGUUUGAUGAGCGCAAUGCUGGCGAACUGUUAUCAACACUGAACAAGUUGGAAGAAACUAUAAAUGUUCUUGGAGCGUCCUUUGAUGAAAAUGUCAAAUUGAGUGAUGAUUGUCAAGAAAAAUAUGCAAAAUCAAUUGAAGAAUUCCGCAACAAACUAAACACCAGACUCGACAAGUUACAAUCCAUUGCAGAGAAUGCAGGAAAAAGUAAACACACACAAAAUCGCAGCAAACUUGAUCAAGUUCAGGAACAAUGUAAACAGACUAAACGUUUCAUUACGGAACAGAGAGACUUAAUUCAUGAAAUGUCGCAGAAAAAGAAGGGGGGAGAGUUAUACGUUUUCUCAAAAAGAUUCGAACAGAAAAUGAAUGAAAUCAACGCACUUGUUGAAAGAGUAAGGCAAAACAAUUGCAUACAGACAUAUAGUUUCGAAGAGAACGUUAAAAUGAGGCUAGCAUUUGAAAACAACUUUAAUGAAAUCGGAAGACUUGACGAGGCAUGCGUUGAUAGCGAAGAAGUGAAUGAAAUCAGCAAAGAGUCAGACACGAUUGGAAAACGCAACCAAACGCCACCCAGUACAGCAGGUCUUGUGAGUAACGUCAGUUUUACCAUCGUUUUUGUCAAACUAAUGCAGCAUCGCAUGUUUAUUAUUAAGAAAUUACAUGGUAUAUAUUUUGAAUGCAAAAUGCUAUUCUUAUCUCGACGAAAAGAUGCAUUUUUCUUUAUGUUUACAAAUUUUGCGUCAUCAGUUAAAUUAAACUGUCAGUGGUUCGAUGUAAUUUAAAAGUUCCAUGUAAUUGCUCAAAGUCCCUUGAAGCAAUCAUUUUAUUCAUGUUUUUGUUGGGUUUUAACACGUUAAGAAAAUAAUAUAAUAAAGUUAUUGUCAAGAGAAUUCGUAUGUUAAUCUCACCUGUUCGAAAAGUGUUUACGCUUAGCUGUUAUGAUACCGUAAGGUCAUUGCUUUCGUCCGUGCAUGUAUGCGUCAGUAAACAUUUUCUUCAAACGGCGUCUCAACCGUUUGGAAAAGCUAAAAACAUGUUUCAAAAAUUAAACUUUCAAAACUUCUUCACUGAAAUAGAUUUGCAUAGAGCUUUUAUGUUUGGUGCGUAUUAUAUAAUUGUGUUCAAAAUAUGCCUUUUUAGUCAAACAUAUGACGCCUAAUUGGUCACUUGUGUAUGUUUUAUCGUAUUGUGAUCAUCUAUAACGUUUGUUCGAAAUACGCCCCUGUUAUCAAAACAAGUCUCGCAUCAUGGGACACGUUUUACAUAUAGAAGAUAUCGUAACAUAUUGUCUGAAACCGCUAAUCUCAAGUGUUCAUGUUUGUUAUCUGUCAAAGUCUGGUGGUCAAAUUAUGACCCUGAGAUUGACACUUUCGUCGCCCCGAGGGUCACCUAUUAUAAAAAGACAUUACAUAUUGUCAUAGGGUGUACACAUAAUUUUGGUAGAUAUUGAUUACAGAAAUAGUAAACGUAGUUACGGUAAUUUAGUGUAGCGUAUAUGUUGAAUGUAUUGAAUGUAUAGUUGAAUCAAACCUAGUUAUAAUUAACAGUCAUGCUUUUCUGAACAAGCACCGCACAGCUCACACAAACAUUGAACGACGCAUAUCGUCAACCAUUGCACUUUUAAUAAAAUCAUUUUUUGUAUGCUUUCCUAUAUUAAAAACCUACAGGUAAAUACAAUAUUUUUCUAUAUGACAUUGUCAGCCAUUCCGGAUUUAACGCUUUAUUGUAUUGCAGACGUUUGUUAUUUUGUAUUGAGUAUUUGUGAAAUCUUUCGCUCAUCAUACCGCCAUUUAUAUGCAUUUUAGUUUGUGUACUAUUAUUAUUAUUAUUAUUAUUAUCAUCAUCAUUAUUAUUGUUAUAAUUAUUAGUAGUUACAUAUUUGUUACAGGGAUUUAUU